ACGCUCUUCGCUGUUUGCGCUUGCGCACUCCUGCCUGAGUGUCAGAGUCUCGAGCUAAACCUACGACGCUCAAGCAGUAGCUAGGAGCAGUCUACUAGCACGGUCUGCAUGGGACGUUUCAUAUGUAGUGGGUUGUAGGUUCACUUGAUGUCAGCACCCUCAGAGGAUGGGAGGGUCUGCACAAUCAAAAUCCAUCCAAGUGACUUCAGUUGAAACCUCUAACAAGCACCCACAUCUGUGAUCACUCUCAUGUUCGUGCAGAGCACCAAAUAGCUCAUUUUAAAACCACUGUUACAGAGCUCAAAGAAAGAGACUUAUUUCCAGCAUGGAGGGCGUGACAGUGGAUAACCUAAUAGACUUUGACCUGCCCUCAGGGACCACAGCUCUUGGCAUAGAUGGAGGUCAACACCAAGGCCAUACAAACAUUUUCUCCCCAGAGCCAGCGUCUUCCAUGGGACUCCACCAGCAGCCUUUACUGCCAGAGCCUAUGGUACCAACCAAGCCCAGCUCUCACCAUCACCACCACCAAGAGGAGGGAGACAGUAACAGCGAUGCCACAGAGUCGGCAGACAGCGAGAACGACAUGGACCCGCCCUCUCACAUGUGGGAGCUGAGGAGGUCGUCGUCUUCGUCCACUCACAGUGGAGAGGAGGCUGACGCUGAAUCGGUGGAGCGGAGGCAGUUCAUGAAGGCUUAUGUGGAGAAGGUGUUCCAUGGAAAGGAGGACUUUGACCAGGAAGAAAAGGCUCGUUUUGGAGAGCUGUGCAGUGGAGAGAAUGGCAAAGGCAGGGAGUGGUUUGCCAAAUAUGUCAGCGCACAGCGCUGCCACUCUAAAUGCGUGAGUGAAGCCACCUUCUACAGGCUGGUGCAGUCUUUUGCAGUUGUACUGUUUGAAUGUUAUCAGAUGGAUGACUACACUCCAGCCAAAAACCUCAUGACUAUGUGCUUCACAUACUACUACAUAGGGAAGUCCCAGCCCUCUCCCUCAGAACUGCUGGACCGUGGUGGUCCUCCAGCUGGUCUGGACUCAUACCUCAACAAGGCCAACUCCUGGCUGUCUGGAAAGAAGGAUGCUGCUGAGCGCCUCCUUAAAAACACAUCGAAGACUGACGUCAAAGGCUUCUUUGGAGGCCUCGAGAGCAAGCUGAGAAGCUCAAUCGCUCCAAAGGAUGGGGAGAGCCCUGUUGAGACCAAACCCAUGUCACCAGUGUCUGAGGCUCCAGUGGAAAAAAAAACAGAAAAGGUUUACCUGUACACCCACCUGAAGCAGCAACCCAUCUGGCAUACACUAAGAUUUUGGAAUGCUGCAUUUUUUGAUGCUGUCCACUGUGAGAGGAAAAAAAGAUCACCAACUACAAGGGGAACGAAGGAUGAAGAGAAGGUCGAGAGGGAGAAGUGGUGUCACAUGACCCAGGAGGAGAGAGACGACAGCUCCAAAAUCGAUGAGAACAUUGCCUUCGGCCAGCUGGGGACGUUCACUCAUAACAUGCUGGCGUUUGGGCUCAGUAAGAAGCUCUGCAAUGAUUUCCUGAAGAAGCAAGCAGUCAUUGGGAACCUGAAUGAAGAACAGUACAAGUUGCUGACUGACCAUAUAGAGAAAAUGGCAGCAGAGUGAGUCUGAAGACAACAGGACGAAGGCAGACAGAACACACACAACAGCAACUUCUUUCCAACUCAACAUCGCAGUGAUCAACUCUCCUUCUGACUGAUGUUGUGUUUGUGUGGUACACUGCUGAAAAAUAUAACCUGCUGCACUGAACUGUGCCAUAUUGUAGCAAACCCAGUUUAUCCAGUGGUAGUGCUCCUCUGCACCCAGUCCUGUAUCAGCAAUAAUACAUAAUCAUCAGCUGGCGUAUACCCGAAUAUCUCUCAUUCAGUGUAAAAUCUGAACAGGAUCUGUAUCAUGACACACUCUGAGGAUUUACACAUUAUAUACAUGGUGUGUAGGUUAUAUUAUCCUCUAUGCUGUUUCCUUGGCAACUAUAUUUAUUAUAUGUUAGUGUAGUAAAGUCUAACAGCCAUUGUAUGAAGUAUCUCCCUGCCUUGUUCCAUUUGACAUAAAUGUCUACAUGCAUUUCAAACCAGACCCGGGUUGUGAUAGUACAUGGCAAUAAUAACUUAUGCUUGUCUGUGCUUUUUAUAAAACUGUAGAAUCAUUUUAGAAUCAAAAACAAUAACUUUCAUCCAUCCAUCCAGUUUUUAUAUCGCUUUAUCCAUGCAGGGAGAACAAUAACGACAACAAAAAAAUGCAGCUUUAAUAAUUACUUAACAUAUAACUAAACAGUAUCCAUCCACGCCAAGUUCAACAUUCAGAGAAGUAUACUUACUAUCUUGCAGAGAGUUAGACAAAAACAUUAACACUCCCAUGUCUUUGUGCUAAAUAUGAAGCUACAGAAAAGAGAUGGUUAGCUUAGCAUAACAUAAAGCCUAGAAACUGUUAACCUGGCUCCAUAUAAGGUGAACAAAUCUGCCUAUCAGUACCUCUUAAGCUUAUUAAUUAACACAUAUUUUGUUUAUUCCGUCCAUACAAAAGCAAAGUGGAAAACUGACAAGGUGUUUUCUGUGGGUUGCUUUCAGAGGCAAAACCAUGACUUGUCAUUUUAACACAAGUUUUGUGUGGAUUAAACAAAAGAUAUCAGCUUUUAAUCACAUGUGUUGGCAGGUGGACAUUUUACCUUUUGACAGGCCGCACUGUUUUCCCCUGCUUCAAGUCUUUGAGCUAAGCUAAGCUAAGCUAACCGUCUGCCUGUGACAGCCUCAUGUUAAACAGACAAUGGAAUCUGGGCCAGAAAGAAACGAACAAAGUCUUCCUUUUGAGUAGUUACUCAGAGAAAUGUUAAUGCCUAUCCUAGUCCCAUUUUUGCAGCCUUUACUCUGGCACAUAUUUAUAAUCUAAUCUUAUUCAUUUUAUGUUUUUUAAUUCAAAACUUUAUUACCCUGAGAUCAUUGGAGCCUCCUGAUCCAUCCAAAGUGCCUUCCAUCAAAGUCAGUGUCCUCUUCUUUAUCCUCUGAUGCUAUGACUGACUGCCCAACCAAACACUAAUGCAGAGCCUGCACAGUUCACUCUUUUACUCAUUCCCUGAUAUAUGAACAACUUAUGCAUGCAAAUAAAAUUCAUUGUGUCGCUGUCUGAGUUUUCAGUGAUGGAUCUAAGUGGUAGUGGUAGUUGUGAUGCCAACAGUAAAGCUAAACAUGUCACCUGGAUAAAAGACUGUCCCACCAUACACUCUGUUUCCCAUCCUUCUGCAUGUGUAUCUAUCUGUUUAGCUAUCUAGUGUAUGCAAACAGCAUCCAGCAAACGUAAAACAAGUGACUGAAACUGUGAAGUGACAUUCACUAGUUGUAUUACUUCAUCCUACCACUAGGGGGUAACAUUGUUUCUUCACUCAUAGCACUUCUCAAUGAGUGACUCCUGAAUCCCAAAAGAAGUCCUAAUAGCUGUUUCAGGUAUAUAUCAACAUGUGCUUUUUAAAUAAUGUUCAAAUCAUAAAAUAUGCUUAUCUUCGUGUUUGCACCUUCUGUCAGAUGGAAUCCCAUUUCAAAUUGAUAAUCUGUUUCAAUCUGUUGUGUUGAUGAAGACAUUUUGUAAAUACUGUAUGUUUCUUUAUGUUGUAAGAAUUGAUCACGUGCUGCUGUUUGUGAAUUCUGGGUCUUUUAAUUGCAGGCGUAUCAACAGUAGGUGUUACUAGUGCAUUGUGAGCCUUGUUUCCGUGAGGAAAAUAAAUGUCCCUGAAGUGCUCCCGUACACCCCCAACUCUGUUUGACGUAGAUAUUCAAAGUAUUAGCAUAUCGUGUUGUGCAUAUGCAAUGUAAAUGUUAUCAUUCUCUACAGCUUUGUACCCUUCUGGCUUGAUUCGAGUAUUGACCUUUUUAUUGUACUUGUUAGCUCAGCAUGAACCAUGUGCACUACAGUUAUCUCUACACUCACACUACUCAUCUUUCUCUGAAAAAUGUUACAUUGAUGUGUUUUAUAGUGCGUGUUCUGUCUCGACAUCGACCAUAUCGGUUGUGAAAUGUUGACAGUAGAUUCUUUUGUUGCAUAGAUAAUCAUAUUGACUUUGUGUAAAGUAUCGACUAAGUGAAAUUUAGCAUUAAAGUAUCGCUUUAAGUUUUUGGGGGUUUGCCCUGUUGAUUAACUCAUGUGAUAAUGAGAAUUCAGUCUCCAAAUCCUUGUGUUCUCAGUUCCUGAUUACUUUGGGGUUCCACGUCAUGUUGCAGCUUACAUUGUACUGAGUAAUAUUAGCUAACCAGAAUGAUUUAAAGCAAAAACAGCUCUUCUAGGCAUGUUGUUAAAGUAGAUGAAUGGUCAGUCGAUUCACUGGAAACAAAAUGAAGGACCUAAUUCACCAUAGUUAAUGUUUUACAUUUUCAGGUGAGCAUGCUUGUGUUUAGGAGUAGAUUAACACUGUCACUUUCUGCAAAAAAACAACAAACAGAAAUUUUUGCCUGAAAAUUAGCAGAGGCAGAGCAGCUUCAAGGUCUCAUUUUUACACCUCCAAACUGGUGACAGUGUCCUAUUGACGUCUCAGGAGCACACUGAGUGAAUUUCUCCAAAUUUGUCCAGUUGGACUCAAAGUGAGCUGUUGAGACCAGAUUUGGGUGUCCACGUUGAAACUGUGCUGCUCGUAUAGAUCUCCUGUGCUGAUCGUAUAGAUCUGCUGUGCUGAUCGUAUAGAUCUCCUGUGCUGAUCGUAUAGAUCUCCUGUGCUGCUAGAUUGAACACCAACAUCCUUAUUUAAAGCAUCGCCGACCAUCAUGGCCACAAAUUUGUGUUCUGUCAGAAUCAACUUUAUUGUCCCAGCCUGUGAACACGUAGAAGGCAGCAGCAGUCCACCACAAGCUCAUUGGCUUUGCUGCUAUUGCGCUUCAGGUGAUUGUUGUUGCAGCAUGUGAUGAAGCUCCUCUGUACAAAUAAUGUCCAAGUGUCAAUACUGUGAUAACUUCCAUUUCACAAGAAAAGGGAUUUUACUCUUUAACAAAAAGGUCUCUCUCUGUAAGGAUCCUUUCUGUAAGGUUGUCAGACACUUGGAUUAAUAAUGUCAGCCUGUGAGUAGCUCCAAAAGCAAUUUUAGUGGACAUAACUUUAACGGUCAUAGUUGUCCCAGAGGAUUACAUUGCAGCUAAUGCAGUUAGGGCUGCCAGCUGAGCUGAUCUGCUGGACUAAUUCCAAAACUUUUGGUACACACACAGAAUUAUGUAACUAUAGCGACCAGGGUUUAAAAUAUAACAAUUCUCCUUAAAUUCUUUCAAAGUCACCAAUACUUAUAUGAGUCUGGGCAGACGCGGUAAUUUAGGUCUUGCCAGUGAAAGUGGCAGUAGCGCUAGUGACAAUAUCAAUGUUAUUGCCACAGUGGGACCCACUUAAUGUGCAUUAAAUCCUCAUCAUUGCUAGCCAACUGCUACCAUGGCGAACAGGUCUUGGAUUAGUUUAGCUGUGAUGAGGUGUUCGCAACACAAAUGACACUGCUGAAUGUUGCCUGGGUAGAAACUGAAAGCAAAUGAUGCAUUUAGAAAUCGUAGGCCAACUGCUAUGUGACAUACGGAGCCCCUGAUUUACCGGGAACACAAGGUGAACGAUGUGUGCGUGUGUCAGACUGACUGAGGAAUCUUUAGCAUCACACGUCCUGUGUUAUCCUGCUAUCUGCUCUAUCUGACGUGUCCAGCAGAGGUGUUAGCCUGUUUUACUGUGAUGUGUUUUUCGGUUUAUGCUUUGCUUGGACAUUUUGUUAUCAUGUUGAUUUAAGUUGCUGGUACUGUAAUAAAUGUCAUUUUUCGAUGUCA